AUGGCUAGGUCGGAAGAGGCGGAAGCAUGGGCCAACGCUGUCUAUUCAGCCAUUCAGGAAAUUCCCCCGGGUAGAGUCACCACCUAUGCGCACAUUGCUCUACUUCUAGGCGAGCCACAACGCCCUCGUCAGGUCGGGGUUUGUCUCAAGUCCCUGCCGGAUCCUGAGUCUGGCUUGGAAUUCAAUUCAAGUACGGUUCCCUGGCAGCGGGUAAUUAACGCUCAAGGCAAGAUCUCACAUAGGGGACCUGGAAGUGCGGAGCGCCAGGCCGAGGCUCUACGCGAGGAAGGCGUCGAAAUCACUACUGGCAGCCUGAACGAAUAUCACAUUUCAUUUUCACGUUAUGGCUGGUUUCCAAAGAAACUGCCUAGCGAAGAAGGGGGAAACAGUGAUGAUGAAUGA